ACCGGUGUCCACUUGAUUUGUGUUUUUUUUGUGUGGAUGUUGUUGGUCCAGUGUGUGUGUCUAUGUGUGUGUGUUUGUGUAGUUCUCUAUCUCCACUGUUGUGUUUUAUUACCUCUGUUAUAAUGCAAAUGACGUAAGGUUUCCGCGGUUACCUGUCUGAAUAUUAUGGGAUUCAAUAGCAUGGACGCAUUUGUAACGUGAGGUUUAGUGCUUGAGCUACGAGACCGGACAUAAGUUCCUUCAAAGUAAAAAAACAUCAGCAUGGGCAUCAAAGUAGGUGUGAGCUGCACUGUGUUAUUCAUCCUACUGGAUGUUGUCAUCACCACUGUCCUGUACACACAUGGAUCACACUUUGUCAGAUUCAUGGAGGAUGUGCGGAACUUUAACAUCCUCAAGUCAGCGUUCGACCUCUGGGGGACUGUCCUGCUCCGAGUGUGCCUCCUCCUGGGAGCCUCCAUAGGUGUGUCAUGGAACAAGGUGGACGGCCCGCCGAGGGUCGCUUCGCUCACCACCCUCAUCCUCUUCAUCUGCCUGAUCGUCAUCAGCUUUGCUCUGACCAAGCUGCUGAUACUGACCGAGCUGGGCCCUAUGACACAGCAGCCCUGGGUCCUGAGCCUCAUAUGCUGGACUUGUGCAUCUUCUGUGGUUGUCAUGCUGCUUUGGAGGCUGCUGAGCUCAGAAUCCAGCUCAGUGAGUCGUCACCACAGCAGCAGGAGCAGAGGAGGAGUAGCAGGCUCCGAGGACACAGAUAGCCUGGUGGGGACUGAUGGUGAGGAGGAGCAGGAGGUGGGGUGUGAGAGGAAGAAGCAAAAGGAGGAGGGAACCCAGGAGAGGGAGAAGACCAGCUCUGGGGCUACACUGGGACGUUUGAUAGCCAUCUCCAGGAAGGAUGGCGGGCUCCUGUGUGCAGCUAUCCUCUUCCUUUUCAUUUCUGCUGUGUGUGAAGCAUUCAUACCGUUCUACUAUGGGAGGGCCAUCGGCAGCAUUGUGGAGAGCAAGAGCAUGGCGCACUUUGCUAAACCGGUCAUCACACUGGUAGCACUGGCCUUAGUCAGUUCAUUUGCAAUGGGAGUGCGUGGUGGGGUCUUCACGCUGACAUUUGCUCGAAUAAACCUUCGGCUCAGAAGCCGUCUCUUCAGAACGCUGAUGAGGCAGGAAAUAGCGUUUUUUGAUGAAAACCACACAGGUGACAUCAUCUCACGGCUGUCAGCUGACACCACCCAAGUGAGUGACCUCAUCUCCCAGAAUGUCAACAUCUUCUUGAGGAGCGCCAUCAAGGGCACCGGCUCCUUCAUCUUCAUGUUCGGGAUCUCCUGGAAGCUCACCCUGGUGACCAUCAUGGGAUUCCCUUUCAUUGGCCUGGUCUCUAAACUCCAUGGAGAAUACUACAAGAAAUUGACUAAAGAAGUGCAAACCACUCUUGCAGAGGCCAACAGAGUGGCAGAAGAAACAAUUUCAGGCAUGAGGACAGUGCGAAGCUUUGCCAACGAGUGUGGGGAGGCCGAUUCCUACGACGCCAAGCUCUUAGCCAUGUUCCAGCUCAACAAGAAGCAGGCCUUGGCCUAUGCUUGUUAUAUGUGGUCCAGUAGUAUUUCAGAGUUUGCUUUAGAGGUCGCUGUCCUCUACUAUGGCGGCCACCUUGUGAUUUCUGGUCAGAUGAGUAGUGGGGACUUGAUAUCUCUUUUCAUAUACAUGCUCGAGCUGGGAGAAUGUCUAGAGAGCAUCGCGUCAGUGUACACAGGCCUCAUGCAGGGCGUGGGAGCUGCAGAGAAGGUUUUUGAGUAUCUGGACAGGGAACCCAAACACCCAGCUGAUGGCACAGAGGCUCCUCACACAUGCACGGGUCUGGUUGAAUUUAAAGACAUCACGUUUGCCUACCCAACCCGCCCUGAGGUUGAUAUUCUCAAGGGAGUGUCAUUCACCCUGCGGCCAGGGGAGGUCACAGCCCUCGUGGGACCCUCGGGCAGUGGAAAGAGUUCCUGUGUGAGUCUGCUGGAAAACUUCUACCUUCCUCAACAAGGCCAAGUGCUACUGGAUGGAAAACCUGUUCACACGUUUCAGCACGACUACCUACACUCCAAGGUAGCUCUUGUGGGCCAAGAGCCUGUGCUUUUUGCCAGGACGGUCGAGGAAAAUAUCACCUACGGCCUGACUGACAUCCCCAUGCAGUAUGUGGUGCAGGCUGCCACCAAGGCUAACGCUCAGGACUUUAUCAGCAACCUCCCCAAAGGCUACGAGACAAGUGUUGGAGAGAAGGGCACCCAGUUGUCAGGGGGGCAGAAACAAAGGGUGGCCAUCGCAAGAGCUCUCAUCCGAAACCCACGUGUUCUUAUCCUGGAUGAGGCAACCAGUGCUCUGGAUGCAGAAAGUGAGCACAUUGUUCAGCAGGCUCUGAACAAUGUCAUGAAGGAGCACACGGUGCUGGUGAUCGCACAUCGGCUCAGCACAGUGGAGAAGGCAGACAACAUCAUAGUGAUUGACAGGGGCCACGUGGCUGAACAGGGCCCUCACAGUCAGCUGAUGGCCAGCGGGGGGCUCUACUGCAAGCUGGUGCAGAGGCAGGUCCUUGGAAUACAGACGGGGGCGGACAUCCUAAACCUGCCUGAAAACCUCAGCUGGAAGCCUGAUGGAGCACAUCAGCGGAGGAGACAAAGCAGCAGCAGCAGCGCCAGCGAGUCUGAGUGCAAAGUCCGCUACUGAGAAUGAACUGCAGUGUGAGGAGAGGAGAUUGGACUGCAGCUUACACCAUAUAUGAACUGUAACAGACUUUUUGUGAGGACAUUCUGUAGCUUUAACACUAUAGAUACAAUUAUAUUUGAUCAAAUGAUAAUGUCCCAAUCAGUUCAAGUGAAGAUGCACUUAUCAACGUACUGAGUGGCUUUAUUAAAGGACUGGUGUGUAGGAUUCAAGGGAAAUGGAAUAUGAUAUCCAUAAUUAUGUUUUCAUUAGUGUACAAUCACCUUAAAGGGGUAGUUCACCGAAAAUUGAAAAUUCACUCAUUAUCUUCUCACCACUAUGCUGCUGGAGGGUUGGGUGAAGUGUUUGAGUCCAGAAAACACUUUUAGAGUUUCAGGGGUAAACAGCGUUGCAGCCAAAUCCAAUACAAUUGAA